GUUUUACAAAUUUCUAGUCUCUCAUUCGUCAAAUCAAUAAAACCAUAAAAUAACAUAUGAGUUUACCACAGCCAGGGUUAUUGUCAGCAGACCAGCGUAAUCUUAUUAAAGCAACUGCACCAAUCUUAGCGGAGAAGGGAUUGGAUAUCACGAUGUACAUGUAUAAGAACAUGAUUGCUGAGAAUGAUGAUCUCAAGGCGCUCUUCAAUCACUCAGCUCAAGUUAGCAAUAAGCAAUCCGAACUUCUGGCUAAAGCACUUCUUGCGUAUGCUGAGAACAUUGAAGAUCUUACACCUUUAUUAGGAGUGGUAGAUAGGAUCACUCAACGACAUGCUUCACUCGGCGUUCGAGCAGAACAAUACAUCGUAGUUGAGAAGUAUCUUUUUGACGCCAUGAAAACUAUCUUGAAGGACCAAUUGACACAAUCUAUCGCUGAAGCUUGGUAUGCUGCUUACUGGCAACUCGCCCAUAUUUUAAUAAAUGCUGAGUCUUCAUUAUAUAACAAAGCACACUGGCAAGGAUUUAGGGAUUUUAAAAUUGUCAGGAAGUCUAAUGAGACAGAUACUGUUGUAUCACUUUAUCUUCAACCUUUGGAACAAGAAACAGUCCUUCAAUAUUUCCCAGGUCAAUUUAUUUCUAUAAAAGUUCACGUUCCUUCGUUAGGAAUCGACCAAAUCCGACAAUUCUCAUUAUCAGAGGCACCCGGUAAUGAUUAUUUCAGAGUCAGCGUCAAGAAGGAACCUGGAGAGGUGUCGAAUGUUAUACAUGAUGUUCUUAAGGAAAACGACGUCGUUCAAAUAACUUGUCCGUUCGGAUCUUUCACCCCCAAGGACAGCAAUGGACCUGCUGUUCUCAUUUCAGCGGGUGUUGGUGCCACUCCAGUCUUAAGUAUGCUUAACACAAUGUUGGAAGACCAAAAAAGCAAACAACAGAUCACUUGGAUUCAGGUUGACAAAACCCCAUCUAGUCAACCUUUCCUCGAAUAUGUACGGACUCUGGCUAAAACCCAAGGUAACAUUCUAAAGACAGCCUUUUAUUACACUGAUGCCAAUGCUCAAUCUGAGAGCAUACCUCAUUUGAAGGGUAGACCUGGUUUAGACAAGCUUGACCGAGGAUUGCUACACAUAUCCAACCCUGACAGUCGCUAUUACAUUUGUGGACCAAGCAGUUUUAUGGUCUCUAUAGUCAAGCAACUCUCAGGAUUAGGUGUAACGUCUGAUAGAAUCCACCUCGAGUCUUUUGGGGCUUAACUCAGUACGCAUUAUUAAACUACCACCACUCCAUAUUAUCAUUGUAUUUACCCACCACUCUUGUAUCCAUAAGUUGACGUACUAUGUAUUACCACUGUGUAUAAUGUCUACAAUAUGACAAUCCAUAUCAAAAUAAACCAUUAAUAGAAGCAGGUCGUAAGUUUUCUUUCGAGAACAAAAUGCUCUAUACGGUGGAGGAUGAGCUUCAAGGAUGGAAGCGUGAAUUUUACUAUGUAAAUAAGUGAAACAACUUGGGAACCCAAGCAAAGUAAAUAUAAAUAUAAAGACUAUUAGCUAUUGUACGAUUAUCAUUUGGCCUACG